GCAGCAAUUGUCUGGUCGACUGUAAUUUUCAUGGUGCUCGACAUACGUUGGCGGUGAAAAAAAUUACGCAAACUUCACAACGGUAGAUAUUAAGCAUAAUGAUUGAAAAUAUUCAAAAAUCAAAUGGCUGAUACGUUUUUUGGUUUUGAUACGUCGAUAAAUAACGGAGAUCAUUUGUUGCCGCCGGAUGACGACGACUGUGUUGAGAACGAAGAGGAGGAGUAUGACGCCCUUAACGAUGAGACCUUCGGGGGCUUGGAAGACAGUUCAGUCUUGGACGACUGGGAGCAACAACACGAGCAAUACGCAGAAAUUGCGGAGAGCACCAAGCACUCCGAACAACUGGAAAACUCAAUUUCGCGAUUGAUGCUUGACGACCACCCCAGUGGCCCCCUAAACCUAUCGAAAAAUUCGGUCUGGUCGUACACUCCCCCUAACAAAAAUGGCGACAUUUUCAAUUCUUCGAUUUUGUCGUCCUUGCAGAAAGCAUCGAAGUCUUUUAUCGAGACGCAUUCACAAAGUCACAAAGACUACGCCCCUCUCCCGUCAAUUCCCCUCUCACCCAUCCACCAAGUCCCCAAACAAAUACGUACAGUUGAAGAAUUAGAGAAAAAUCUAAUUAAAAGUUCAAAACAGCAGCCUCUCAUCAAGCCUCAAGUUCCCUUCCCGCACCCUCUAUUCCGGCUACCCCCGGGACUGCCCCCGAUUGGCAUCCCGCCCCCUGUGCGACACAUGCUACCCCACCAUCAUGUACCCCCCGGUUUGGUUCACAUGAUCCCGCCGCAUUUUAUGCAAGGAGGGCCGCCGAGACACCUCAUUUACCCCCAAGGCAAUGCACAAUUUUCGGUGAACCACCCGUAUAAUUUUCCGCCACCCCCCAGAAACGUAAUUCCACCAAAUAUGAGGAUGCAAAGGACGCGAAAUGACAGUUAUAAAAGUCGGGAAAAUACCGAAAAUAAGGACGAGUAUGCCGGUUUGAUGACAAGUAGGGAAAAACAAUGGCUUUUAAAUAUCCAAAUGUUGCAAUUAAACACCGGAACGCCGUAUUUCGACGACUAUUAUUACACUGUUUUUAAAGAACGUAAAGCAAAGAAUAAUAAAGAGAAUUUCCCGAAUCGAUUUCAGAAUAAUCGACAAAGAAAUAACGAUAGACAAGAAAACAAUACGUUGACACCUCGGGUUUAUACGCCGUUGCAAUUCGAAAAUUCGUUAGGGAAAUUACAAUGUGGUUCGGUCACUGCCCCCCGAAAGAUCAUAGAUAUGGACAUAGUAACCCCCGAGAAAGACUCCGACAGCCCUGUCGUCGUCCGCGACACACGCAAAACCAAGCAACUCCUCCUCGAACUCGAAGCUCUCUUCACGCUCCUCCUCAAAGCCGAAGACUUACGUAAUCCGCUUGCAAUCAGCAAUAUGGAAAAGCUUCACGAAAUCAAACAAAAACAACGUCUACGUGAGCUCGAUUUAGCCCCAACUCCUGAGCAAAAACAAGAAGUUUUGAAGCUUUUGAAGCAAGACAGCGUGCCGGUGGUGGAAAAUCCGCACGAUUAUAUCGUGAAAAUCGUCAACGGUUUGCUGCAAGAGGAGAAGUUUGCUAGUUUUUUGAAUAUCAGAAAGGGGAAAAUGUUGCUGUUGAGGUUGUUGCCACAUUUGACAAUGGAUGGAUUUUCGGCGCAGUUGUUGGAGAUUUGGACGAGGAUUUUGUUGAGUAUUCCGAUUGUUGGAAGGAGGGAUACAGCAGGUGAUCAUAUUUUGCCCAAGUUGCAUCCGUUUUUUAAGAGGUAUAUACAGACGAGUACGAUGAGUGAUAUUUUGGAAAUUGUUACGGGAUUGGUGGAAGUGAUCAGACAGGAGAAUAGUAGAAGUACGCCGUUGAGUCAUCAAGGAAAAGCGCCACUGUAUUUCGUCCUGUUGAACAAAUUUGGUGUCUCUGCACUGGUGACGAUGUUGAUACGAACUGAAUACCUGAUAUCGUCAGAAACAGCAACUGAAAAACAACAGAACGAUUGGUCCAAUUUUCUAGUGAGCUGGGCCGAACUGACAGGAGUGGUUAGCAAAGUAGCGACACCUAUCGAACCAGUUCCGAUACAAAUUUUCAACAAACAUUGCAACCGCUUCGAGAAUUUAACACCUGAUAAGAAAUCACAGUUAGAAAAACACUUUGUUGAUUCAAACUGAUCAAUCUGCUAUAUCUAUAUAUUUUUACUUUUUAUGUUUUUUAGAUAGGCGUCAAGAACUGUAAAAAUCGUGUAUAACAUAUUUUAUUGUUUUUUAUAUAAAACAAGAAUUGAAGUUAGAUGUUAAAAUUUGUUAUCUGUAACAAUUCUUGAUUGUUGGUUGUAGCUUUUAUUGUCAUUAUGUGUAAUUCAAUUUAUUUUUGUAUAUUUAGUAAUUUAUUGGAUUUGUUAUGAAAAUUGCACGACUCGCAUCAACCGCUUUUUAUUUUAUCAUGAUGUAUCCCGCAAUUAAUUGCUGAUUAAGCGGCCGAUGCUAGUUUAAACUAAUUAAGCUAAUGCAAAAUAUUUGUUUUCAAUUGCAUUAGUUGUAAUUAAAAUUUUAGAAAAUUAAGUAAAUUAACAGAACAAAUUUAUUUUUCAGAUAUCUAAAUAUGUUUAAAAGAUAUCACGAUAUUAUUAAUGCUUUUUGAAAUAGAUAGUGAAUGUCAAACAGAUAUAUGUUAAUAAAAAGUUUG